ACACUUUUUUUACAUUUCCAAAAACUCCAAAAAUAAAAUAUAAUUCGAUUCUGUCCAAGUUUUAACUACAUCUGCUGCUUGUGAUAAAUUGAAAAUGGCUCUCAAUGGAUUUCUCGAUUUUUUUCAGAAAGGAAAAACUUUCAGACCAAAAAAGAAAUUUGCCCAGGGCACAAUCCGUUACAGUUUAUAUAAGCAAGCUCAAGCCAGUCUGAAUUCUGGUAUAAAUCUAAGAGCAGCAGUGAAAUUACCACAGGGUGAAGACCUCAAUGAUUGGAUAGCUGUUCAUGUUGUUGAUUUCUUCAAUAGAAUAAAUCUCAUCUAUGGAACAAUAUCUGAAUAUUGCACAGAGCAGACAUGCCCAACAAUGUCUGGAGGGCCACGAUUUGAGUAUCUCUGGGCAGAUGGGGACAAAUUCAAGAAACCCACCCCUCUUCCAGCUAGAGAAUACAUUAGUCAUCUCAUGGAAUGGAUUGAAAUGCAAAUCAAUAAUCAAGAUUUGUUUCCAUGUUCAAGUGAUAGACCUUUUCCAAGAAAUUUCUCUAGCCACUGCAGCAAAAUCUUGGCAAGGUUACACAGGGUGUUUGUUCAUGUCUAUAUUCAUCACUUCCAGAAUGUUGUCACUAUAGCUGCUGAGGCACAUGUGAACACAUGUUACAAACAUUUCUACUACUUUGUGAAGGAGUUUGACCUAGUCAGCAGAAAGGAACUGGAACCAUUAAAUGAAAUGGCAUCAAGAAUUUGUAAAGACCCGCCCAUUUAAAAUUGAGGUAACAAAUACUUAUGCUCAAAGCUUCAAUAUACUGUAAGAUAAGGAUAACUUAGAAUUUUAUAGAAUUUUUUGGCCAGUGACAGGAUUUCUGCAGUGUAUUUUAUAUCAAUAGUUUUUUGUCUGAUUGUUUAUUCUAGUUCAAUGAUUAUGAGCUCAAAUAACGCCUUCAAAUCUCCUUCCAACACUGCAUCUGCUAGACAUAAUUUUAAUAGUACAGGGUGGAUCAAAAGACUCAAAUCCCUCAAAAUGAUUCAAUAUUUCAGGAGCUGUUCAUCACAUUUUUUCCAAUCAGGAUUGUAUAGUUUUUGUUUGAAGUUGAAAAUGUUAUAUAACCACCCUGUUAAUCUGUCAAAAAAAUCUGAUGAAUAGUUCUUUAACUUUUGCCCAAUCCUGUAUAUUAUGUCAAUUAAGCAAUGGUGAACAAUAUAUCUAGAUGUAUCAAAAUUAGACCAUUCUUAUACAGGAUGUUUGUAAAUGUCAUGUACACAACAUCAAUUAAAGUAUGUAAUUGAUGAAUGGAACUUCAGCUCACUAGAUUUUUUCUCCAUAUUUAGCAGACAAUGCUUAUACCAUUCUUCAAUUUUGAAUAUCUUCUUUCCAAAAUAUAUUUUGAGAUUACUAUACAGGCACAACCAGCAUGUUGAUAACAUGUGCAUGCCCCUUAUCACAGAAUUUACCCACUGAAAAUGAUUCAAAUUAUUCUGAAUGUUUUAUUGUGUUCAAUAAUGAUCCAUUUUAUGAGUGAAAAACUGGCCCCCCUGUCAUACAAACCUAAAAUAAGCCAAGAAAUUACUUAUUGUUUCAAUAUGUACAUUACAUUUAGGAACUCCCUGUAUAGUAGAGAAGGAUAAAUAUACAUGAAUAAUG